UUAGAUCGAAUGAUUAAUGUAAUACCUAAAAUUGAACCAUUACUUGAAGAUCUAAAAACUCAACAAAUUAAAGUUGCUGCUGUGAUUUCUGAUUCUACACCAGCUUAUGUAGCAGCACAAGAAAUUUUUAAAGAAAAUCCUCAUUUCAAUAAUGCUAUCAAAAAAGUUGUUGAAAUUACUAAUUAUUUUAACAAUUCAAAUCACUCUUAUUUUAUUGCUCGUCUUCAUGAAGUAUUACAUACUUUUAGUUAUCUUUACAAGUUAAUGGAUGAAUAUUCUGAUAUAACGUUUGGAAUAAAAAUGAUGGAACAUUUAGAAAGACAUAGGAGAGAACGGGAACAGCCUCUUUUAAUUCUUAGUUACUUACUUUAUCCUGACAUUCGCCUUUCUCAAUUUAAUUUAUCAAUUAAUAGUAUUUCAUUCGCUGAAUUGGGAAGAUGGGAUUCUGAAUUAGAUGAUGAUGAAUUACUUAAUGAAUCAAAUAGAGAAGAUAAGGAAAAUUCAAGUCAAUUGUAUGAUGAUAAUGAUGAUAACAACAAUUUAGAUAUAACGAAGUUAGAAGGUCUUUUUGUAUUAGAUAUGGUUGCACCACAUUAUAUAGUAGAGGCUGAAAUACAAGAAAUAUUAAGAAAACAAAAAGAAAUUGAAUUUAUUAGAAAUGAAAUACAAAAAAAAGUUGAAACUGAAAAUAUUAUUGAAUCAUCAAUGGAUAGUAAUAGUGAAGAAUCAGAUUAA